AUGCUCGAAGGUCGCCUUGCUGAGAACGGGUGUUGCUGCUCCACGGCUGGGAUUCUCGCUAUCUGGUUGCUUGGUCCGUCAGAUGACCGGAAGUCUGAUGCGACCGCCGCCGGAAUUUGGGUGUGCUCGCCAAGAAUCCGCUCUAAUUGCCAUCUGCUGGUUCUCAGUCGGGCCUAUCGAGAUUUGCCGUCGCUGGAUGAAUUCUCCCUCAGUUGCCUGAAGUCGGGUUCUCAGAAAUUCGACCCCGUCGUGGAUGCCUGUUGUUGGUCGGGGGUUGAGGUCACCGUCGAGCGCCGGGUCUUAAGCAAGAAAGAACGAGAGUCGUGCGAGAGAGGAAGAGAUAUCUCGCCCAAUAUAUCGGAACAGAAACCAUUUACGCGCAGCAGAAAGAAAAAGUAA